CCUGAAAUGACACAAACCAUCUGUGUUCAUAAGAUAAAGUGUUCAGAAUAUGAGGCUUGCUAUAUAGGGGAAACAAGUAGACAAGUGAAUGUUGAUGUGAAUGCACACAUACUGUGCACGAAACGUUCUCCAAAAAAUGCAGUAGAAUUAGAGUCUCGAAAUGAAAUCAGCCAUUACAACUCAUGCUAUAGACAAUGGACUUAAGAUCGAUUUCGAAAAUAUCGAAAUUCUGGGGAAAAGCUUUCAUUCACAUAGAGAAAGACUAGUCUCUGAAGCUUUGCAUAUUUUAACCACAUCGAAUGCAACAAAUAUAAGAGAAGGGAUAGACUUUUCAUCUAUAUGGCAGACUCUAAUGACACAAAACAGAAGAGAGAAAAUAAAAAUGUAUUCAAGUGUUGAUUCGCAGGCAUUCGGCCGGUUACAGGAUUUUCAUCAUGGUCUGACAUAUGUUACAGAACCGUUGGAAAACCAGUGACCAAUGAAAAGCUUUUUCGUCCUUAUUUGGACCAAUUCACUAGUACGCACCCA